AAGAUAUCCUUUGAGUACACACUAAAUUUGGAAUAUGAAAGCUUUAUAAUUGACACAAGUGAUAAAAUGGUCAUGAAUCUUUUUAGUGAUCUUGACAAGCAUCACAUCAAUACAUAUAAUAUUCCUCCAGAACCGCAAGUGGAUGAUAGCUUAUUAGACUUUCUCUUACGCUACAGACAAAAAACUCCUCAAGAUCUACGUAAGUUAAUCAACACUGGUAUCGAUUUACCUUCUUAUGACCCGCAGAGGGAUUAUGAUUAUCACUACAUACAUGAAGUUUUCUCUCAUUUGUCUAAUGAUUUUGUAAAUCCUCACUUAGAGGGUUGGUUCAAGACAAACAUAUGGAGUAUAAUCGUAGAUUAUUGUCUUUUAGAUGUGGUAAAUUCAGAAUUUAUACGUGGUGAAGGUUGCUCUCGUGCCUCGGGUCAACGAAAAAAUAAUGGAAGAAAGAGUUCGGAAGUUAGAAAACUUCUUGGUCGUAAGUGUGAUGGAAUAUUACGAGAAUUGGGGACGCCAGAAGAGUUUGCAAUAAGUGAAGAGGGUAAACUAUGGGAUGGAGAAGACGGAACCAAAUGCUUGAAUGAUGGUCUAAAAAAAUUACCAAAAACAAUGCGAGAUGUACUAGUCCAAAAAGUAAAGAAGUUCAAACUUAGUUUCGUAAUAUCCCACCAACUUGAAAUUGUAGGCUUCCUUCAUUCUGGGCAAUAUCUCCAGCAAUUAGUAAUGGACGUACCAUGUGGAUCUAUUUGUCGACUACGCAGAUAUCCUUCCACAAAAAUCCCGGCAAGAUUGGACGAAAUAGAUGAAUUAAUUACGAUGGUGAAUGACAUGCUAAUUGCGAAGUUACGUAUUAAGAGAUGUAUUGAAAUUGUAAAUAACAUGAAUUCUUCUAGCAAUGUGGAAUUAAAGAGGCGUUUGAAGAACCGAAAAGAGAUUAAAGUAGACGCGGAUAACCUUCCUGAUACACAAAAAACUCCGGAAACAAAAAAAUCAAAUGAAAACUUACUGCGUCAAAUUUUACUUAAGUAUGAACGCCUGUUCACACUUGCCGAAGCUUUUUUAACAUUAUCUAGUCAUGUAUACUUAUCAAUUAUUUUUAAACUUGUGUACUCCUAUAAAUCUAUUAAUGCUAUGCGAACUGCCCAUCGAAUGACAGCUACUAAAAUAUCGCUCAUGAUUGAGAAAUAA